AAGAUAGCACAGUUCUUUAUAUAAUGAAGCAACCAGGAUUGUUGAAUACAUUUCUGGUGGAGCCGGCACGAUGAAGUUCAUUAGUCUACUCGCAUUGUUGCUUGUGUCCGCUGUGGCACUUGCAAACGGUGAUCCUGUAGAAGCUGAGCAGUGUGAUCCGGAAGCUUGCAAGCUUCCAACCUGCAGAUGUUCCAGCCAAGCCAUUCCUGGAGGUUUGGCCCCCAGAGACACUCCACAGUUCGUCACUGUUACCUUCGACGAUGGUGUCAAUGUGAACAACAUCAUGACCUACCGUGACAUCCUGUACAACCGAGUGAACACCAACGGCUGCCCCGCAGGAGCUACCUUCUACGUCAGCCAUGAGUACACCAACUACGUCCUCGUCAAUGAACUCUACAACCGCGGUUUUGAAAUCGCUCUCCACUCCAUCACCCAUCAGACUCCUCAAACCUACUGGCAAGAAGCCACUUAUGAUGACAUUAAGAAGGAAAUAGCUGACCAGAGAGUCCAAAUGGCUCAUUUCGCCAAUAUCCCCCUUGAUUCCAUCAAAGGCGUGCGUCUUCCCUUCCUCCAAUUGGCUGGAGACAACAGUUUCAAAGUUAUGGCUGAUUAUGGUUUGGAGUACGACUGCUCCUGGCCCACUACCACUCAAACCAACCCUGGACUCUGGCCCUACACUCUGGACUACAGGUCUACCCAGGACUGCGUUGUACCACCCUGCCCAACCUCUUCCAUUCCUGGAGUCUGGGUCAAGCCUAUGAUUGCAUGGUCUGAUCUUCAAGGAGUCGCUUGUUCCAUGGUGGAUGCUUGUUUCUUCAUUCCCGACCGCAACAAUGAGGAAGACUGGUUCCAGUUCAUCCUAACUAACUUCGAGAGGCAUUACUUCGGUAACCGCGCUCCCUUCGGCUUCUUCGUCCACGAAGCCUUCAUCUCUGCCUACCCCGCUGUUCGCCGUGCUUUUGUCCGAUUCAUGGAUGUCAUCAACAACUUGGAAGACGUCUUCAUGGUUAACGCUCACGAGGUCGUUGACUGGGUAAAGAACCCUGUUCCAGUUGAUGAGUACAAGAAACAAAGCUGUCGCAGCUUCAUCCCAACCCACUGUUCCGCUAGUAGCUGUUCUGCUACCGCUAGCCACAAUGGAAUGACGUACUGGAUGCAACUCUGCAACGUGUGCCCGAAUGUCUACCCAUGGUUGGGCAAUCCUCUGGGACAGUAAACACAUUGACUUUAAGGUUAUUCAAAAAUAAAAAUUAUCUAAAAUUCUA